AUGUUACUUUCCACUGCUGGAAGGUGGAUCGCAGCAUGCCGGCUGGAAAGCCUAAAUGUCACAAGGCACACUCGUAUAUGUUCUAAACAUUUUGAAGGAGGGUUAGGGCCAACAAAGGCAAACCCUGUUCCUACGAUAUUCGAUUUUCCGAAACAUCUCCAGCGAAAAAAAGUGAAACCACGCCAGGAUCCGGAGGGGAGACGAUUGAAGAAUGCUUCCACAACAACAAGCAAAAUUCAGAAGGCAAGCAAACGUAGCCACUCGAAGGUUAGAAAAUGUCCGGAUUUGGUGGAACAGCAAGAAGUUCAUUUGAAAAACAAUGAAAGUUGUACAGGUGAGGAAACCGGAAAUCAGGAUUUGUUGCUUGUGACACCGGAGUUAAAUCUCAGUGAAAGUUUGAUCGGUGAUGAGCAAAACUUGCUCGAAAAAUCUCGGCCAGCAGAACUCAACGUGAGUCAUGACGAGAUCAAAGACAAUAUAUUAUUUCACGAUAAAGCGGUCCAGACAGAUUUAUCGGCUGAUCAAAUCACCAGAAUGGAACAGGCGCACUUUAAAUUACAAGAUCGCCAAGGUGAAUUAAAAAGAGAAUUUCUUAUGGAGGACGUGCAACGAGACGAUUCUUCAGUCCGGUUUUAUAGCGGAGCUCUCGCGCGCGAAGCGCGCAGCAGAGCACCAUGGGUAAAGAAAUGUGGUAAACUACCCAUCCGAGAAAAUUUGGUAAUCACGUGACCGUACACCGACCGACCGCCCGCCCGCCCGACCGUCCGUCCGCACCACAGGCAUACCAAUGUAAAAUAAUUCAAUCAACAGGUAUGGCAACCCAAAUGCAACUCAAGGUUUUAUUUGGAAAGAAUUUGCAUGGCCGCCCCGACUUUUAGGAAGAAAAAGACGACAACAAAGUCGUGUUUUUUUCGCCGUUAUUCCAGAGAAAGAGCUAGAGCGAGUGAUUAAAAACAAAAGAGACGAAUUUUGUAGGAAGAAAAACAUGAAAAUUCAAAGCGGAUGUGUGGCAAUGAGAAAUGCUGGCGGCCAGCAAAGUGUAAAUAAGCGGCAGUGAAAAAUAAAAGCGAACAUGAACACAGGAGACAAAAUGUUGAGUAAGCACAUACGACAAUUCCUCCAUAAAAAUAAUGUGUAACUAGGAAGUUUGACGUUUUAGUCCUACAAAACAGCGCUGUAGUUGUGCAAAACAACNCUAGGAAGUUUGACGUUUUAGUCCUACAAAACAGCGCUGUAGUUGUGCAAAACAACGGCAACUGAAAGACAAAAAAGCGUGCUGCACGUGCAAAUUUGUUUUUUUGCUAAUUAGAAAAAAAGUGUGCUGCACGUGCAAUUUGUUUUUUUUACUAAUUAGAUCUAUUGAUCUUGAUGCCAUUUUCAUUGCCCUCCCCGUUUAGCAUUUUACUAGAUUUAAUUUUUUUUGUUUACAAGUAUUAUUGACCAGAGCUUCGCUUUUAGCCGUGGCUAAAUCUAUAUAUUACUGGCUUACCUUCACUUUCGUGCCUUCUCAUGUUAUUUGAGUUUCUCAAGCCUAUUGCAAGUUCAAUGAAAUAUUGGGACGGAAAGAACAUGACACGAGCUGAAACGUACCAGGUAAAACUGUAG